AUUGUUGUAGUGUCGUUUUUAAUCGUCGACUUCCUGAUAAAAUCUUGUUUUAUGUGUAAAUAAAAUAUAGCACAAUUAGCAGGGACACAAUAUUACAUUCAAUUGGGGGUAUAACUAUCAAAGAUAUUAUUUAACACGGUAAGCGCUCCUUACAUUAGGAUACUCAUAUACCUCACAGAUGCUGCCUACUCACUCGAAGACGGUAUAAUAUCUGUAUAUCUGCAGCAUGAACAGCGUAAUGUCCGACAAUGUUUCUGUCCUUCGUGUGACGAAAAUGGACAAACUGCCAUCCGACUCCACUGAGCUGGAUAAAUAACAGCCGAGCCCGUUUAGGUGGACAUUCUAGAUGUUCUAUUUUUUGUAGACGCUUGGGCUCAGCUGAUGGUGACGUAGAGCUGGAAGCGUAUUCUAGGGAAGGGCAUACAGUCCGCGUGCGGAGGGGGAGAGACUCCACUAAAAUAUAAACGUCGUUGAAGCAAUGAAUUGACAACGAAGGAAGACGUACAGUAACCUACUCGCGGUGUGUGUUUUGCGGCAGCGCAGGCAGAUAUUUCAGACUUCAACAAAUAUCGUUUUGCGGCUGGGCUCUGACGUCAUUCCACGGGCUUCUCAAAAGAUUGUUCCUAUUUAAAGCGCACAUUUGAUAGCUAACUCUUCUUCUUAAAAGGCUCAGAAAGGUGAGGGAAGAAAUGGUGGAUUAUUAUGACAUCUUGGGAGUAUCACGAAAUGCCUCUUCUGAGGACAUCAAAAAGGCUUACAGGAAGCAGGCCCUGCGGUGGCACCCAGACAAGAAUCCAGACAACAAAGAGGAAGCAGAGAGGAAGUUCAAGGAAAUAGCUGAGGCGUAUGAAGUGCUCUCAGACAGAAACAAACGAGAGACUUAUGAUCGGUAUGGCAAAGAGGGCAUUCACAAUGCAGGCUCUGGCGGCUCUUCCAGUCAGGAUGAUUUUCCAGGCUUCACAUUCACAUUCCGAAGCCCAGACGAAGUGUUUCAAGAAUUCUUCGGGGGCGAGGAUCCAUUUGCUAGCUUCUUCGAUGAUUUCCCUUUUGGCAGCAUGCAGGACAGGAUUCAUGGACAUUCAGGCCCAUCACGGUUUGGACCUAGUCGUUUCUUCUCCUUCCCGUCUGCUGGAGGUUUCACCUCCUUUUCAUCCUCCUUUAGUGGGAUGGACAGCAUGGGGGGCAGCUUCAAGUCAGUCUCUACCUCCACACGUGUCGUCAAUGGGAAACACACCACCACCCGAAAAAUCAGAGAAAAUGGCCAGGAGAGAACAGAAAUUGAGGAGGAUGGGGUCUUGAAAGCUGUUCUGAUCAAUGGUGUGGAGGAUGAGAUGGCCUUGGCCUUGGAGCUCAGCCUCAGAGACUCGGCCAGUCAGUCAUCGCAGCAACAGCAGCAGUUACACCAGGAGCAGCCCAGCUUCUACCCGCAGGCCCCACCUCAGCGGUCCUAUAGCUCGGCCCCCUUCUUUAGAUAUCCCGAGGGAAGUGAGGAGGAUGACGAAGAUCUGCAGAUGGCCCUGGCCUACAGUUUGUCGGAGAUGGAAGCGCAGAGGAGGAAUGCAGCUGCAGAUAUGAUCUCAGGUGCUGGGGUCAAGACUAGGGAAUGUGGAGGCGGGGUCAAAGAACAAGGGUUUGCAGACAAGAAUAGAUUGGGGAAGACAGUUAGCAACAAGCCAAGAGCAACUGAAAACAGAACCGUAGCCAGUGAGUGUACUAAUGGGGGGUUCUGGGAUGGUUCUGACUUGCCAAGUCCCAACAGCCCAGUGGAGAAGGAGAGCAAGUGUCCGUCCAUGGAUACAAUCCACAAGAUGACAAAGAAGAUGUCUAAUUGUGUGACUCCGACUUCCAGGCCUUCACUGGUUGACUGGCUACUGGCUACAUGCCCCCUAGAGGCAGAACUCCUGGAGAGCUUGCCACCUGCCAUUCAGAUUGUUCUCCAGCUGAUUUUUCAAAGUUUUAUUUGGAAAACAAUAAGGGGAAUGUUGCAAAUGUCAUGUGCUUACUAAAUGUGUUUUUCUUUGUGUGUGUGUCUGUGUGUGUGUGCGUGUGUGUGCACACAUGGAGGAGUAACUAGAUCCUUAGCCAAAACCUGCAACUUCAUCUCAUUUUAACUAUUUAAGUUUUUGAGGCAGUACGGUACUAAUGGAAGAUACUCAAUGAUACAGAAUGUUUGUUAAUGGUCAUGGGGAACUAUUUCCCAGCUGGACUAAAGACUGUUGUAGAUCUACAAAAUUCUAACUUAGAGUAAAACUGAGCGCGGUUAAAGUGCCUGUAUCUGCAAGUAAAGUAUCAUUUAAAAAGCUAAA